AUGGGCAGCUCUUUGUCUACUCCCCAACAGAAAUUUUUAAAAGACUUAAAAUUUCUCCUCUCCUCCAACAAAUUGGAAGUUCCUGAGGGUGAUUUGAUACAGCUUAUUCUGGCCAUCGAUGAGCAUUGCCCCUGGUUUCCUGAAGAUGGGACUUGGGAAUUAAAGCAUUGGGAUAAGAUUGGAGCACAUUUUCAUGGACACCCCAGCAUUGGUGUUCGGAUUCUAAAUGCAUGGUGCAAGGUUCGUUACGCCAUGGGCUCUUUAUCACCAAAAAAUAUCUCCAUGGCCGUAUUGCCAACAUCACCUCCAGCUUCUUUAGUCCAGCCUGCUGUGUUACCGUCUGUUCCAAUACUUGCCUUACCAGCACCCCCAGACCCCAAACCUCCGGACUACAGUUCCUCACCAGAGGACCCAAUCCUGCAAAAAUACCGUGGUCUGGCUGGCAAUGAUCCUACUCUCUCAGCGGCAGAACCAGCUACCCCUUUUCAACGUGCAGUCCUUGCCUGUUCCUUAAUUCAGGAUACUAUGGCAUUCCCUGUUAUUGUGCCCCCUGCUGGUGCCCCGGCAGGCACCCAAGCCCAACACCAACCUUUUGACUUUAAGAUCUUGAAAGAGCUGCAGCAGUCAGUAAAGACCAAUGGACUCCAAGCCCCAUAUACGCAGGCGCUUUUGGAAGCCACAUGA